CCUGUCACAAUUCAACAUUUUGUAGUUCUUGCUCAGAAAAAUACAGUCAUGAUGGUCAAGUUUAGAGUGCUCUUUAUAUUAUACYUAUAUUUAAUAAUAGAACUAGUAUAUAGCAGUGAWAAUCCCGCGGGAGGACUUGGAAAUUURGCGAAAAUCUUGGCUGAACUUUCUGGAGGAAGUCAAUGCUACUUCCGAUGUCCGAAAGGUUAUAAGCCAUUAGCUAAUGCUAGUCACAGGCCAUCCAGUAAUGGUUGUGGAUCGAUGGGAAUAAAGAUUGACACAAGUAAUCUACCAGGGUUCACUGAGUGUUGCAACAUACACGACAAAUGUUACGAUACUUGUAACAAUGACAAAAUACAAUGCGACGAGGACUUCAAGUCUUGUUUAGACAAUGUUUGUCUUUUAGAGGGACUUGGAAAAAAAAUGAAGAAAGACGAGUUGAAAGCUUGUGAAUCUUCAUCUGAUUUAUUUUACUCUGGAACUAUGGCUUUAGGUUGUUCGGCUUAUAAGGAGUCGCAAAGAAACGCUUGCUUGUGCAAUGGACAGACGAUCACCAAGAGAGAAAUGGAAGAAUUAGAAGAAAAAGAGCAUGGAGGAGAGUUAUAAUAUUGUAUUCUUAAAAUUCUUUAUUUAAAUACAAAAUUAAUGAGGAAAUAAAUAUGUACAAUUAGUCAACAAUUAGUAAACAAAUAAAUAAAUGUAUUAAAACUAUAUUUACUUAACAACAACCCACACUAAACCAAGAACAAUGGAACUGUUUUUGAACACCAGAAAAAUUAGCGUUAGGUAAAGGUUAUUUAUUUCUGAAAAUAUAUAAUUUUUAAUAUAAUAUUUAUGGAUUUCCAUAUACUUUUUAGGAAGCACUUUGAAAUUAAAUUGUUUAUAAUAUCA